AUGGAGAGUUCACCAGAAUCAGUUCGUCCGGUGAAGCGCGUCAAAUACGCGCGACAAGACGAUACGAUCCCACUGAAUAUAGCCACAUCCAGCAUCAGGGCCUCCGACAGCGUUGACGGAUCCCUGGUUACUGAUGCCCCUUUAUUCGAAAAUACAUGGCCCACGACAACGGGAGUAUCGUCUCCCUCAGAGGUCCUAUUCGACCUCCCCGAAGACCUUGGCAAUUCGUGGGCCCCAGCUUUUACAGGAGAUGAGAGAGAACAUGUUGCACCCACCCACCCCGCUCUUACUCCCACCCUCACCCCGUUGCACAACCCGACUGAGAAUCCAUCUUUCACCCAUCAUGUUCCCGACUUUGUUCCAAUUCCUGCCGAGAAGAUCAAAACUACCCGUCGACCCGAUCAUGCCAUGGUAGACUAUCAAGUCCGUGAGCUGACGUUCCAUGCAGCACCCCAGCCUGCGUUGAAUCUUCAGGUACAGCGACUGCCUCGCCUCUUGCCUGCGGUGCCCGAUGCUCUUCCAGAGCGGGCUGUCGAAUUGCAAGACUCGAAGAAAAGAGGCCUGGCACCAGUAGAAGGGAUCGUUGUGAGUCCGUUCACCGCGAAUGAGGACCGACUGAUUGUGUCUGCCUAUCCUCGCUAUGCUCGCCCCGAGAAUGGACAGGUGAAUGGGUAUGUUAAAUUCAACUGGCCUUCGCGAGCUCCAUCGAGACGGCCGUCUGGCCCUGUGCCACUCCCAUCAGAGGAUGACGUUGAGGACAUAACGCCCAACGUAACGCGAUCACACACUGCCGGUCGCCCUCCAACUAUAAUAACUCUGGUUAAUCCUGGGCCUGCCGUGUCUUCCGCGCCAAAUGGGACUAUUUCGCCCAUGGACCUAGAGGGAGGAUGGGGAAAUACUUCAUCGCCGAUAUUGAUGGCAGGUUCUCCGAUUUCCUUUCAAGACACUUCACAAAUCCUGAUAGCUGGUGACCCGAAAAUGCUGCCUCCUCAGUUCGGAUUCCAAGCAAAAAUGGAUCAUAUUGACAGACGAUUGUUUGAGUUCUAUAUCAAGAACUGGUGCCCGGGAAGGAGUGUGCUUAGCAACACAAACCUAUGGUUGAAGGAUCUAGCGCCGAUGCAUAAGAACGAAGGUAUUCUCCACGCCAUCCAGAGUCUUGCCGGGGUAUAUAUCUAUGAUUAUAUCCCUGAUGAGCGCAUCCGACAACGGAUCAAUCAGCGAUAUAUCACGGCAGAUCAAUAUUUCAGCACACUCCUCAAUGCACCCGAAAGCAGGGAAAAUGGUAAAGGGCAGGAGGUCAUUACCAUGGCCGUGCUUCUUUCAAUGCAAGAUAUUGUCCUCACGGAACGACGACUCAAGAAGCCAUACAAUCCGCGAUGGCUGGAAGGAUUCAGGCAAGGCGAAUACUUUCUGCAGGCAACUGACCCGGGCGCCCGCUACUGGAAAAACAACAACGUCCAGUACAACGAACUCCGCAUCUCUCAAUCGAUUAUCGUUGGGCGGGCAGUGAUUCUCGCUCAACCUAUGAUGGCGCUUCCAUCACCGCAGACUUUUAACCCCGAGGCUGAAGCAGGCAGGUUCAGCUGGCUUCUCUAUGGAACAGAGAAGGAUAUGUUCGAAAUCCAUGGAGGAUGUGGCUUUUCGAAGAAACUGUUGCAUCUUAUGAGCCAAGUAACGUAUUGUGCAGGUCGAUUGCAGCAAGAGCCCGAAUCUACCAUCGUGCCAAUCACGGCGAAAUUCCUUUUGCGCGAACUAUCAGAAAUGCGCCAAUGGAGCCGUGAGGGCAAAGACUGGGAGCUGGCUCGAAAAUACCCUCCAACGAUAGACUGGGUGCGCGACAAAGCAGACGAAGUGAUAAUCGAUUCGAACCAAAUCAUGACCGAGGUUACAGCUGAGGCAUGGAGGAUCGCCGCAAUUAUUUAUUAUCAAUGUCGUCUUCUGAGGUACGAAUAUGCGAUGAAGGGGAAGAGAGGGUCCUCUGAGGGAGAGAAGGGGACAAACUGA